UCUAUUCAAAAUUUGAUUAAUUUUUUUAUUAAUAACAUACAAUUUCCUUCAGAUCCCCUAAGAGUGUGAAACUAAAAUGUUAAAAACCAGCCCCGAAUGGAGGUUUUGCGUCGCGGACGCCAGCCAUUUUUGUUGCAUCAACCAAAUCCAAUAUGGCUAUUUUAAUUUUACGCUCCCAGUGUUCAAUAAGUUCAUUUUAAUAAAACAGAUCAUUUUUUAUUUAUUUCUUACGAAAAUCGAUUAUUUAUUUAAGUACUUUUUAAUGUUUAUCCUAGAACGCGUUUUAAAUGUGAAUCAUUUUUACCUGUUUACAGAUAAAGAACCAAAAUGUCCUCUCCACAGUAUGAAAUACAGGAAGCAGAGGUGGAACAUGCACGCUUUGAUACUAGCAGUGCCGAAGAAAACGAAUCCAUCUCAGAUGGAGAUCAAAUUGUCGAGCAACAAAUUAUGUACCAGUAUGAUCCCUCUGCAUUUGAAACUGAACAGUAUGAGUACGUGCAUAGGACAGUGAAAAGACGCGGGCAUUUACCAAAAGACGCGGUAAAAAUUUUGAAAAAUUGGCUCUACGAGCAUAGAUUUAACGCGUAUCCCACUGAAAUUGAAAAGCAUGUGCUUUCACAAGAAACCGGAUUGACGGUUUUGCAAAUCAGUAAUUGGUUUAUUAAUGCAAGGAGGAGGUAUUUGCCCGAUAUGAUGAGAAGAGAGGGCUAUGAUUCCAUGCAGUACACUAUCACUAGGAGGAGAAAAGCUUCUUCAAGAGAAGAUGAUGAGGGAGAGGUCGUUUACCAAAAAGUCAAUAAAAUAAUGAGAAUUCAAAGAGUGAACGAAGAUGGAGUCGAAGAGGGUCAAGUGGAGUUUGACGGAGCCGCUGGCGAAUACAUUAUUGGCGAAAACGGGAUCAUUACUCCAAAGAAAUUCAAUCCAUGGAACGCGGACAUUCACUAUGGAUUAACAGUCAAUCCAGCUGAUAGAGGAUCUACGAGUAUUGUUGAAACUCCUCAACCAAAAGUCCAAGUCACUCCAAAAACUCCCUCUCUAACGUCCAAUUUGGUUAUGGUCAAAACUGCCUCCGGGAAAAAUGUUAUUUUGAAAGUUGUUCCACAAGGGAGCGGAAAUAUACCAAAAGCGGUCAUUCUGAAGCCAACUAAGAUUAUUAAGACGCCCUCUAAGCCUCAAAUUGUGCAAACGCCCACGCAAACUGUCAAAGUUGUUACUGGCGGAUCUGCGGGAACUCCAAAAACCAUAAUCCUAAAACCCACAAAACUAAUUAAAAAGGCCGUGGUGCCGCGUCAAGUGGUUAAGCAACAAGUACAAAUGGUCGAAGAAGAAAUCGGGAUCGACGAGAGCGAGUUCGCCUGUCAGAACCUUAAAACCGAAAUGUUCGUGGAAGACGGCGUGGCGGAAGAGCCCGAACAAAUGCAGGAAAUGUUAGAGGAGGAAGUUAUACAGCAGCAGGAAGAUGUUGAACAUGAAUAUGCGGAACACGAGGUCGAUCCAGAAGUUGUUUUUGAAGAAGAGCUGGUCCAAGAAGUACAAGAGGACGAAGUAGAAGAGCUCCCCGACGAAGAAGUAGAUCACGGUGACGAAGAGGUCGUUUUAGACGAAGGCACCUUUUUAAGUGAAAACAUAUUUUGCGAAACUGUACAAGAAGAUGAACCCGAAGAAGUUUUCGUAAAUGAAGUGACACUCGAAGAAGAAGUGAAUGAAGUAACGGUGGAGGAGCAUCCCGACGAAGUAACUGUCAUAGAUGACAAUGAAAAUUAGUAAUUAAGUGUUUUUAAAUGGAUUAAGGUAUCGUUUUGCUAGUAAGCAAACUUAGUCAGAAUGUUAUAUUCUGCUUAUUAUUGGCCUGUUCAAGGGCCAAUGAAGAAUUUUUGUUGAGUUUUCUUUAUGAGACUUUGAAAAAAAAAUAAGAGGAUUUUAUUUUUACUAAUUUAGUUAACGAUCAUAUUUUAAAUCGGUCUGUUGGUUUACCAUCCGCCCUCGUUAAUGUAUCUUUAUGUCCUCAUUAUAGGUAAAUUCUAGACUUGUAAAGUAGUGGAUUGGUAACAUACUUUUUAACAUUAAUAUAUGCCUAAACAAAUAAUUUAUGUUUGUUUUCAAUGACAUUAAGUUAUGGACAAUUGGAAGAAAAACUAAUUUAUGCACUAAAAAAUUAGUUGUCGACAAAAUAGACUUUAGUAGCAGGAAUUAGCAUGGCUUUCUGUUGUUUUUAUAACCAGUUAUAUUAUUUAAGCUUAUUAGUUAAUAUAAUAAAGUUUGGUAGCAAA